AUGUCUGUCAACAAUGCAGCUCUUUCGAAACCUCGAAAACCUCCGGUACUGAUAAUGCCAGUGCAGGAUGAUUACAAUCAACAAUGUGACUUGUACAAUGUGUCUGGUUCGAAAAUAAGCCAGGCAAAUUCGAGGGCAAAGAGUGAUCAGAGUAGUCGAUGUGUUGGAUCGUCGAAAGGCUGGUUGAUUUUGGAUCAUAGUGAUCAGACUAAUGAAGGUUCUUUGUCAAUUUUUAGUCCCUUGUCAGGCAAUGUGAGGAAGAUUGUUCUGCCUUCGUGUGCCCGUCCCUCGGGUUUUUGUACUAGGUGGAUCAGUAAAGCAGUUCUUACUUUGAGUCCGGGCUCCUCUGGUGAGAAGUAUGGAGUUGUGUUUCUGUACGGAGUGUGUGAUUACAAGGUUGCUUUCUUGUCAACGUGUGGUGAUCAAGACGAGGGAAACAAGUGGAUUGAUCUCAAAUCCUCGGGUGGGAGCUACUCUGACGUGUUGAGUAAUCAGGAUUCUGUUUUCGCCUUGUUAACUUCGGGUUUUGUUGAUGUUUGGGACUUAAGGUCUGGCACCGAAGGAGGAUUUGUCAAGAAUUUGAGGAUUGAGACCAAGUGUCUGGACCGCGUGGUGGAAUUGGAGCCUAAUUUGAGAGAUCUUUACACUAGUAACUCUUACUUAGUCGAAUCAAAAGGGAAUCUGCUUCUUGUGAUAAGGAUCACUGGGGAAUUUGUCAGAGAAAAUGGCGAGGUUGUGAACGAAGGAGCUUUGCUUGAUGAUGAAGUGUACUCUCACUUGGUUUUGCCCUACAAGACCAAGAACUUCUAUGUGCACAAGCUUGAUAUGAGGUUGAGGAAGUGGGUGAGGAUCGAUUCGUUGGAUGAUCAGGCCUUGUUUCUGGGGCUUAAUGAGUCAGUGUCCUUCGCGGCUUCUGACAUUCCAGACUGUCGAGGAAAUUCCAUCUAUUUUACGGAUGAUCAUUGGGAUCAUAUCAACAUUCAUGAACAUGACUUGUAUGGAGGCCAUGACAUGGGUAUCUUCAGCUUGAGUGACAAAAAUGUCGAGGAGAUAUUUGAGAUCAGAAGGAUGGUGCCACCGCCAGUUUGGAUUGAUCAGAAAGUCUCCGCUGUUUGA